CAAGAAGAAAAGAAUGUCAGGCCUGGGUUUAGGAAUAUUAUCACUGACCAAUUGGAUAUUACCUGGCUGCUAAGAAAGGACAGGAUCACACUCACCUCAACACAACCAUGGGUUGCAUAGGAUCCCGGACUAUCUCAUCAGAGGCCGUGCAGGUGGGCAAGAAAGAUGGAGAGCAGAAUGCCCGUACAGAGCUCUCCUGGGAUGGUAUCAAUAUCUCAAUGGAGGACACAACCUCAAUUCUCCCUAGGCUGAAACGGAACUCAAACGCCUAUGGGAUCGGAGCGCUGGCUAAAUCAUCACUAUCAGCGGGCGCGUCCCGCAGCGUGAAGGAUCACAUCACCAAGCCCACUGCCAUGGCUCAGGGACGUGUGGCGCACAUGAUUGAGUGGCAGAGCUGGGGCAAGCCCUCCGCUGGCCCUGGAGUGAUCAGACCAGCCGCCCGGGAGAGAGAGAGGCGGCUGGAGAACGAUGCCUACUCUGACCUCAGCGAAUCAGAGAAGGAGGCCAGAUUCGCAGCCGGUGUAAUGCAGCAGUUUGCGAUCUCUGAGGCCACUCUGCUGGCCUGGACCUCCAUGGAUGCAGAGGACAUGAGCGUGGGGUCAAACCAGGGUAGCGUGGCUCACCUGAGCGAGGUCAACCAGGAGUCAGUCACCAGCAGAGAUCAGAUCCUACGCCACUCCUCAGUGGAUGGCUGGCCACACACCUAUGUAUCUCAGGGUCUGUACUGUCUCAGCUCCUCCGAUGCAUGGGAGCCAAUGAGCAACGAGCAGUCCAACAUGGCCUCUCCUGCUGCUGGCUCCUAUGUGAUGGGGGCUUCACAAAACUAUGAUGAAAACUCUGCCUACUUCCACCAACACCUGCAGCAGAUGCAGCCGAUGGAACACAGAAUAAAUCACACACAGUCUGCUCAACAAACCCCGAACAGCACAAUCCACGGGCAGCAGGAUCCACCCACUCACACACCACUGGUCGAUCUGUGGGGGGCGGGCCAGGGCAGAGUUCAUUACACUGAGGUGGGCGGGUAUGUGGUUGUGUCUGCUGAAGAAGGGGGUGUGACCACAGGAGAGGAACCUGCAGUGGAAAACGCCCCCUUAUUGAACAAGCAACCUUCACAGGAGAAUGAAGACGACGCUCUGUGUAGAGAUCUGGAGUCUCUGUCUCCCCCCCGAGAGGAAGCUGUAAUCAUGGGCAACAACAGCACCAACGAGACCAUCCUGCCCCGGAAGAUCUCAGAUGUCACUUCCUCUGGAGUGCAGUCUUUGGACGAGGAAGAUGGAGAGACCAGCAACAACUGAAAGGACGGCAGAUUCAUUGGAAGUUGUUGGUCAACCACUUUGUGAAAAAAGCAACAAAAAAAAAAAAAAAAAACACAAAACACAAACAAACUUUAAUUUGUAAAGAAAUACUUGUAAAAGCAUUUAGGAUUUCCAUUUUGGAAAACGGCCAUGCAUGCUAAAGGGCCUUUCUACAAACCAAUGGAAUUCCACUCGAAAAAUGGGAGGAAGGACCCAGAAAUGCAAACGGGAGUUUGGAAAAUUUAAAAUGUCUCAGAAAUGUGGAGAGGAAAUAAAGAGUCAAAAACUGAGAAAGGUCCUCGAUUAAUGAAAAGCACAGAAGUCAUGGUGAGGUUUUACAAACAAAUUCUGGACCCAGUGGAAUUUUGUUUUAAAGUUUUACAUGGAAAACAAAACAUGCACUAAUUCUUCAACCCUACUGCAAGUCUAAAAGAUUUUAAGACAACUUCUGAAUUCUUUCCAAAACCAGGACUUGUCACUAUUUAUUUUUAAGUAGGUUCUUGACUAGCCUUUCUAUUCUUUCCCCUCCAAAAAUAUUCAAGCAUUUUACCUAUUAUU